AUGACUCUGCUUUCUGCUUCUCCUGCUCCGUCCGCAGUCUCCUCCGCCGCAACAUCUCAACAUUCAGUAGAUUCUCGAGAUGCAGAUCCUUCGGUAACCCGAGCCCUGGCGGGUAUGAACCUGUCCCCACCGAACGGGGAUAUGCAACCUCCUUCGGCCGCGCCGGCCUCGCCGGCCCCAUCGGUCCACACGUCCACUCCCAGUGGUAAAGCUCCCACUUCUACCUCCAGAGGAGGUAUGGCCUCGCGUCUGUCUCGAAUGUUCUCGAGCUCCGGCAAGCAUGCCAUGAACAGGGAUCAUGAUCCCAAUCGCGAUCUGUCCGACAGCAGCACCGAGAGCGUGCAGGCCCAGAACAAAGAUAGACCAACCUCCAAGCCCGCGUCCCGUACGAAUUCUCAACCAUCAUCUCGCGCCCCCUCCCGUCAGCCUUCUCUCAAGAACGAGCCAAUUGAUGGACAAAAAAAGAAACCAUCUAGCACUAAGGAGCAGAAAGAUGGCGCUCAGCCACACAAACGCUUCGAGACGCUUCCUGAGGAAAGUGGAUCCCAUGCUCACCAUCUCCGGAGCGCUCGUCGACAAGAAAAACUCACCGACCUGUUGAAAGAUAUGCUUGGCGGAGGCAGGAAGAAGGGCGAGGAGCACGCUGACGAGCAGCAAUUGUCGUUGAUGUCGACCUGGAUUGAUCAGUUCAAGAGCGAGCGCGAUAAGCUGGCGUCCGACAAGAAGUGCGGCCCUAAUGCGACCGCGUCCCUGGUCGACAAGUACGGCAAGUGUCAGGAGGUCGUUGGUCGCGGAGCUUUCGGUAUCGUCCGAAUUUCUCACAAGGUCGACCCCACGGACUCGAAAUGCGAACAGCUUUAUGCCGUCAAGGAGUUCCGCCGCCGACCACAGGAGACUGCCAAGAGAUACCAGAAGCGUCUCACCUCCGAGUUCUGCAUCUCGUCGUCCCUCCGCCAUCCUAACGUCAUUCACACCCUGGACUUGCUGCAGGACGCCAAGGGUGAUUAUUGUGAAGUCAUGGAGUACUGCGCGGGCGGGGACCUGUAUACCCUGAUUUUGGCAGCCGGAAAGCUUGAAGUGGCCGAAGCGGAUUGUUUCUUCAAGCAGUUGAUGCGUGGUGUUGAGUAUAUGCACGAGAUGGGUGUCGCGCACCGCGACCUUAAGCCCGAGAACCUGCUGCUUACUACGCACGGCGCCUUGAAGAUCACUGAUUUCGGUAAUGGCGAGUGUUUCCGGAUGGCAUGGGAGAAAGAAGCCCAUAUGACUGCGGGUCUCUGUGGAUCUGCCCCUUAUAUCGCGCCGGAAGAGUACAUUGAGAAAGAAUUUGAUCCCCGUGCCGUCGAUCUCUGGGCCACCGGUGUGAUUUAUAUGGCCAUGAGAACAGGCCGACACUUGUGGCGUGUGGCGAACAGAGACGAGGAUGAGUUCUACCAGCGUUACCUGGAAGGACGAAAGCACGAAGAUGGAUACGCACCGAUCGAGACAUUACAUCGAGCCCGAUGCCGGAAUGUCAUCUACUCCAUCUUGGAUCCCAAUCCAUCCCGCCGUAUCAACGCUUCACAGGUCCUCAAGUCCGAGUGGGUUCGCCAAAUUAAGCUGUGCAAAGCCGGCGAAGAAGGCUUUUGA